UUGGCGGGCGGACCUGGCUGUGCGGGGCGGAAGUGGGCAGCUGCGGUCCAAGCGGAGCCGCGCUGCGGGCGGGACCUGGCCGAGCUGGAGGGCGCCGGGGAGAGGAGCUCGGGCGGCCCCCGAGGCCCUGGCGAGCGGGCAGCUGCUGGGCCUGCGGCUACCGGAUCGGCGCCCGGGGAGCGCGGAGGGGAUGGGGCGCCGAGCCGGGUGGGGGCGGGGGCCUCGGCCAUGUUCGCGGGGCUGCAGGACCUGGGCGUGGCCAACGGCGAGGACCUGAAGGAGACGCUGACCAACUGCACGGAGCCGCUUAAGGCCAUCGAGCAGUUCCAGACAGAGAAUGGCGUGCUGCUGCCCUCCCUGCAGUCGGCCUUGCCCUUCUUGGACCUGCAUGGGACACCCCGGCUGGAGUUCCACCAGUCGGUGUUUGAUGAGCUUCGGGACAAGCUGCUGGAGCGGGUGUCAGCCAUCGCCUCCGAGGGGAAGGCUGAGGAGAGGUACAAGAAGCUGGAAGAGCUUCUGGAGAAGAGCUUUUCUCUGGUGAAGAUGCCGUCUCUGCAGCCGGUGGUGAUGUGCGUCAUGAAACACUUGCCCAAGGUGCCUGAGAAGAAGCUGAAGCUGGUGAUGGCUGACAAGGAGUUGUACCGGGCCUGUGCCGUGGAGGUGAAGCGGCAGAUCUGGCAGGACAACCAGGCGCUCUUCGGCGACGAGGUCUCCCCGCUGCUGAAACAGUACAUCGUGGAGAAGGAGAACGCGCUCUUCAGCCCCGAGCUCUCCGUCCUGCACAACUUUUUCAGUCCUUCCCCCAAGACGAGGCGCCAGGGUGAGGUGGUGCAGAAGCUGACCCGCAUGGUGGGGCGCAACGUGAAGCUGUACGACAUGGUGCUGCAGUUCCUGCGCACACUCUUCCUGCGCACCCGCAACGUGCACUACUGCACGCUGCGCGCCGAGCUGCUCAUGUCCCUGCAUGACCUCGACGUCGGCGACAUCUGCUCCGUGGACCCCUGCCACAAGUUCACCUGGUGCCUGGACGCUUGCAUCCGAGAGCGGUUUGUGGACGGCAAGAGGGCCCGGGAGCUGCAGGGGUUUCUUGACGGAGUAAAGAAAGGGCAGGAGCAAGUCUUGGGGGACCUGUCCAUGAUCCUGUGCGACCCUUUCGCCAUCAACACCCUGUCACUGAGCACCGUCAGGCACCUGCAGGAGCUGGUCGGCCAGGAGAUGCUGCCCAGGGAGAGCCCGGACCUCCUCCUGCUGCUCAGGCUGCUGGCGCUGGGCCAGGGGGCCUGGGACAUGAUCGACAGCCAGGUGUUCAAGGAGCCCAAGAUGGAGGUGGAGCUGGUCACCCGGUUCCUGCCCACGCUCAUGUCCUUCGUGGUGGACGACCACACCUUCAACGUGGACCAGAAGCUCCCGGCGGAGGAGAAGGCCCCCGUCACGUACCCGAGCACGCUGCCGGAGAGCUUCACUAAGUUCCUGCAGGAGCAGCGCAUGGCCUGCGAGGUGGGGCUGUACUACGUGCUGCACAUCACCAAGCAGAGGAACAAGAACGCGCUCCUGCGCCUGCUGCCGGGGCUCGUGGAGACCUUCGGUGACCUGGCAUUCAGCGACAUCUUCCUGCACCUGCUCACGGGGAACCUGGCGCUGCUGGCGGAUGAGUUCGCUCUGGAGGAUUUCUGCAGCAGCCUCUUCGACGGCUUCCUCCUCACCGCCUCCCCAAGGAAGGAGAACGUGCAGCGGCACGUGCUGCGGCUCCUCAUCCACCUGCACCAGCGCGUGGCCCCGUCCAAGCUGGAGGCCCUGCAGAAGGCACUGGAGCCCACUGGCCAGAGUGGAGAGGCGGUGAAGGAGCUUUAUUCCCAGCUCGGUGAGAAGCUGGAGCAGCUGGACCACCGAAAGCCAAGUCCGGCCCAGGCUGCGGAGACCCCGGCCCUGGAGCUGCCCCUCCCGGCCGUGCCUGCCCCGGCUGUGCUCUGAGGCUCCGCCUGGGGCUGCUCGGCCAGAGGAGACCCCCUUACCUGCGAGAGCCAGGAGCCCGACUUUCCUGGAUGGGCCUGGGGGUGGGCUGAGCAGGGCCCCCCUGCCCACCCCUUGGCCUCGCCUGAACUCAGACCUGGGAGGUGUGUGCCUCUCGUGGGAAGGGGUUUGCAAGCCCUCGCCAGCUCGGGAUCUGUGCUCCCAGGCCCAGGACAGCUGCUGGCUCCCGCCUUGCGUUGUGGGUUUGUAGUGCUGCUGGGCAGGCAGGCAGUGUCUUGGGGAAAAAGUCACCUGUUUUCCGAGGCCCGAGGGGAAUUAGGUGGCUGGUGGGUUGGCGCGACAUCACCGGGUUUGCUCUCCGAGGGCGUCCUCCCAUGUGGAUGCUCCCCAGUAGCCUGCCUGGGGGUCAGGGCCUGGCCCUUCCUGCUGCCUUGGUUUACCCUCAGGUGACGUGCUCCCGGUUCAGCCAGGCGGGUGGCUCAUGGUGACACUUUUACUCAUGUAAAUAAAAGGCGUUUUGGUAAAUCCA